AGUAGAUUUACCUUUUUCACAGUGAACAGAGGAGAACGUUUAGCAGAGCAAACCAGAGUUCAAUGAACGCUGCAACAAAUAUUUGUUGUAAAUGUGGUCUAACUCACGUAUACUCAGAGUGUGAGUGUAUGUAUGCACGUAUGUACCCCUAUCUACAAACAACGGUAUAUGCAAACAUAUGCACUUUCGUAUGUUUCACUUCAACAGCAAGGUACAUAACAACAUUACCAUAAUCCUGUCUCACUAGCGAAGAGUUAUAAAGUCUAUUUGUCUAACAGACAAAAGACACCGCUAUUAUUUAAUAUUGUUUUCGAGAAACUUAGAGGUGUGUGGAAAAGGAAUAUUUUCAAAAGGUAAAGUUUAUCAGUUACUCAAAAUAAUCGUUUUGUUUUGAUGCUAAAAAAGCGGCCGUUCAUUAAAGAUUCUUGAAAGGAUUUCACAACCCGCCUAAAGACGAGUGAACCAAUCACGCAUAAAAACUUUGUAUCUGAUAUUCUUAUAAUUGAACUUCUCUUAGAUGUAUUUACAUAACCACAAAUACAAAGCGAGCAUGUCCAGCAUCCAUGACCAUCUUUUAUUGAGCAUAAGCCUACGUAUGGUAGAAGUUCUAAAAUAACUUUCGGCACUUUGUUCUUUGUACACACUGUCACACACACAUUCUUAUAUAUGGACAAGCAAAGACAAGUCAAUAUAACAUGCGCUAUAGAAAUGUUAGCCAUAAAAUCCUUCUUCUUCAGCCAUACACCCAACUCUAUUCACCUUUUGCUAUUCAGUCUGCAGCCGGCAAACGCAGUGGACGCAUCAGUGGAACUGAUUUGGCCUAUACUUAGUGACUAAACUUGACUUGUGGAUAUUUGUUCAAACGAAAUGAAAAGUUUAGAACUGGUUCAGCGCCAAGUUGCUGGAGGGGUUUUCUUGGCCUUAUUGCUUUUACGAACGACAGCCAGUGGACAACCGGUUAAUGAUGAGUUGUCCGCGGACAAUACAGACGCCAAAGUUAUUUAUGAUCAAAGGCAAAGUGGUAAAUACAAUAUACGCAUCAAUAUUAAGGAUGUGGCUAUCAUAGAAAUGGAUAAUAGUGGCUUCGGUGAUGAGAACUUUGGCGAGGAAGAUUAUUAUUAUGACGAAGAGGAUUUAACAGUUAAGCCCUUGAAUUUCACAAAACCGCCGAAAGUAACGACUUCGCAUGAAGCGAUUUGCUCAACAGCGUCGCAGCAAGUAGUAACCACACCAUCGACCCAAACAACAUUAUUGCCAACAAAAUUAGAAGAAUCCACAAACAUGAACUCAACACCAAUUGCAACAACUAUGAACCAAACAAAUUAUAAUACAAAUCUAUUAACGGCGGCAUCACAAGCAACACUAAGUGACACAACACAAGAAAGCAUCGCGACCAGUUCCAGAUUGCUACAUUCAACUAAGUCGGUGUCUAAACCACGUUCACACAAUAGAAUUAUUUCCAGAUUAUCAACAGCGCAUCCAAUAACAUUGAAGCCAUCACUUAUCUCGCCAAUUGCUGUUCAAGAAGAAUCACCGAAGUUUUCGGGAACUUUACUAAAGGCGCAAAAUCACCAUCAGAACUUUGUAAACAAAUUUAGCAUGCUGCAAACCCCAAGAUCAUCGCUCUAUCCGCCAGUUAAAGGUUAUGGGCAACGCUGCCGAACACAUCAAUACCGCGACGUAAAUGGAGGUUGUCGCAACAAGCGGUCAUCUUCAUUUUUAAAAAAACUGCUUAGCAUCAUCGCCACGUUUCCUCUAGAGCUUGCUAAAGAUACUCCAAAUGAAUGAGCGCACAAAGAAAGCACGCGAUCCAGUUGAAUGUACGAGCACACACAUUUCGAAUCAUAAAAGGGAACAAUACAAUGUGAAAAAUCCAUAA